UGAGUGAGGCUUUCAGUAACAGAGGAAUAAGGCUCAUGAGAAUCAUGACCUCUCUUCAGCAUUUUAAAACAGGAUUAUUCUGGACCUUGUCCACAAAUGCCCUCUGUCAAACAUUCUUGUUCAUCAACUUUGUCAGCCCUUUUUCUUCCAUGAUGCCGAGCAUGCGUUCAGGGUUCUCUGCAACACGCAGCACCAGCCUGCUGGGUGGCUUUCAGCAAGUCGUGACCUUUGACCGCCUGCUCGUCAACGUGGGUGGUGACUUCAACCCGGACACAGGGCUCUUUCGCUGCCAGAUCGCCGGUACCUAUUACUUCACACUGACUGUAGGAAAGUACCCCAAGAAGUUACUGUCUGUGAUGCUAGUAAAGAACAGACAGGAAGUGCAAGCAAUGGCUUAUAAUGAGUACAGGAAACAAGGACGAAAGGUGCAGAGCCAGAGUGCCAUGAUUAGCCUGUUGCCCAUGGACACAGUAUGGCUGCUGGUGCAGCAGAACCCAGACUAUGCCCUUUACAGCAAUGCUGCCCCUUAUAUCACUUUUUCUGGCUAUCUUGUAUACCCAGAGUCUACAUCAUCUAUGGUAUACCGUAACAACCGGCUUGGUCCUGAGUGCCUGCCCCCUGGACACGGCAGUUAUAGCUGGAGACAAACCCCAGAGGAGCUCAGGUCUGCAUUUUCGGUAGCUAGGACAUCAUCUGUGCUGGGGGAAAACAGUAGACAAGACCAGAGGGUGGCUCUGAGGUUUGACGUGGAGUAUGUCAACAUUGGUGGCCAUUUCAACAAGUCAUCUGGCCAAUUCAUAUGCCGAGUGCCAGGAGUAUACUUCUUUGCAUUCACGGUAGGGAAGCACCCUCGACGGGCUGUGUCAGUGAAGUUAAUGAAAGGGACUGGCGAAGUGCAGGCCAUGGUGUUUGAUGAAGACACGUCACAGAAAAGAGGAAUGCAGAGCCAGAGUUUGUUAUUAUUACUGAACCAAGGAGAUAUCAUUUGGCUUUACAGCCAGCAAGAUGAGCGCUUUGCUGUUUACAGUAACCAGGGACGCUACACAACCUUCAGUGGGUUUCUAGUGUACCCUAAGUCUGAUUUUAUGGACAAGAAAAGAACUUUCCCAUGAAAUCUGAACCUCAAAUAGAAUUCUUUA